AUGCCACGCCAAGCGCAGAUUUCAUUGACGAAUCUUCUAGAUUCUGGUCUUGGGCCCAAACAGUUUACUGAUGCACAAUCCCUGAAAGGAAGAUCUGGAGUUUUAGACAAAGAUAUCUAUCAGAACUGGGAGAAGCCUGCGAGAGAAGAUCAUAAUAUCUUUUGGGUCAUUGGCCCGGCUGGUGUGGGUAAAUCCGACAUCGCCAGGUCAGCUAUUGCUAGUAUGGGGAAUCGCAUCAAAGAAAAUUUCGGCCCUGGAAAGUCUGAGCUUAUUCCUAUCUUGGCUUACUUUCUCUGCUACCCUUCCCAGAAGGAGUCUUCAGCAGUGGAGUUACUGAAAUCGCUCAUCCUCCAGCUCAUCCGGCAGGAUCCACUUUUGGCGACCCAUGCCAAACAAUUUCUCAGGAAAUGCGAAUAUCGUACAGGUGCUGCUUCUGCUGAUGACUCGAAGAAUUCGACAGCUACGAUGAACAUCCAGAACCUGUGGACAUGCAUGCGAAAUAUGCUUGCUGAUGAGUCACUGGGCGAUGUUUACAUCAUCAUCAACAACAUCCAUUUUCUCGAAAAUGAUACAUCCACACAAAGUCUGAUUGAUCUACUCGAGAGCGACAUUUUCGGUCAGUCCACAGAGAGAUACUGUAAAAUGGAAGCACGCAAAUGGCUUUUCACUUGCAGACCCAGACCCUCCAACGAUCGAUUUCAAAACCUACAAGACUCCAAACGAACCAUUGUCGCAGACCUCACAACAGAGGAACACGCAAAAAAUCUUAAGGGCGAAAUCAAGAAUCAUGUUGAGAAACACAUUACCAGAUUAAGCACUGAAAAGAGCUAUACACGAGCUCAGACUUACAUGAUCCAAGACAUCCUGGUUGUCAAUGCUGAAAGCAAGCACUGGGUCGAUAUCCAGUUCGUUAGACUCUCUGGUCUGGAUUCUGGCAGCGACACAGAGUCGAUAUUGAGAACUCUGGGCAUUUCAAAUUCUUCGAGCUUGAAAGACCUUGUGCGGUGGAGCUGGUUAUCAUCGGCUAUGACAAAUACGCCAGCUUUGGACCCGGCAGAAGAUGCUCCCAACAUGACUGAGACUACGCCCAGCGGUGAUGUAUUCCAGGGGAAGACAAUUUGCGUCUAUCCGCUUGAAUACUGGAUUAAACAUGCUUUGAAAGGCAAGUUGGAGCUCGCGGAAGAUCUUACUCGAAGAAUCCCUGUAUUUUGGGAGAGGGAAUCAAAUGUCAGAACGGCCUGGCUGUCUUGGUAUUUCCGCAAAGAUAAUCUUCUCGCCCGGCGAAUGACCAAGACGACUGCGCUGCACGUGGCUGCAUACUUCGGCUAUGGCAAUCUUGCUGAAAGCCUUCUUCAGGAGAAGCACCAAGAUGUGUUGAAUGCUAUUGAUAAGAAGGGUUACACGCCGCUUCAUAUUGCAGCGGAAAGGGACCACAAGAAAACAGUCGAGGUUCUAUUGGAGUUCAGUCCGGAACAUGCAAUCGCCAGAAUGAGUACCCGGGUUGGGACAGCACUUCAUCUAGCUGCAAAACAAGGCCAUUUUGAUAUCAUGAAAAUAUUGCUCAAAAGUGGUGCCGACCCAAACGCAAGGAGUAGAAAAUACGGCCUUGUGAUUCAUGCUGCUAUUUUGUCUGGAAAAAAUGAGGCAGUUCAAUUGCUACUUAACCAGGACGAUAUCAUAUUGGACAACGACAACAACGAUAACAACGACAACAACGACAACAACGACAACAACGAUAACAACGACAACAACGACAACAACGACAACAACGACAACAACGACAACAACGAUAACAACGACAACAACGACAACAACAACAAUAAUAACGACAACAACGACAACAACGACAAAAAUGACAACAAUGACAGCGGCCCCCGUGACGACGACCAUCACCACAAUAACAAAGAUGGCAACAACAAUCAUCAUGACAGUGGCGAUGACAGCAGUAAUGAUGAGAAUGACAAUAACAAAGACUUUGAUAAGCCUCCCCUUUCUCUUUCAGCAGCAAUGUCUGAAAGGGAGAUUUUCCAGAAGAUCCUCGAGGAUGGGAAGGAAAAGUGGACAGCAAAGGUCUAUUCGGAUGCAUUAGCCGAGGCCUGUUAUUCCAAUAAGCUAGACAAUGUCGCUGCUCUCCUAGGCCUGGAAGACCACAUUUAUGUCUUUCAAACAAAAGAUCUCGAUCGGGCUGCACUGGAUGCAGCUGAGCAAGACAACUGGAGCGCAGUGAGACUGCUAGAACACGGUGCCCAGGUGGAAAGUGACAAGGGAUGUGCUCUGCAAGUUGCUGCAAAGCAUGGCCAUGCCAAGGUUCUCGAACUUCUUCUCUUGAAAGGUGCAGAUGUCAAUAAGAAGGUUGAGAAUGCCCUAUUCAUAAGAGCUACAACUGCCUUGCAAGUCGCUUGCCAUUUUGGGAAGACAGAAGCAGUUAAGAUACUUCUGAAAUACCAAGCAGAUCCAAACGUUGAAAACGGGAGUCCUCUACUAGACGUGACUCACAGAAACUGGCCCGAGGUUUUGAAUGUCCUCCUCGCGUCAACGAAUAUCAAAGUUAAUGUCAAUAUUUGUGAUAAAAGCGGAGUGUCGGCUCUGAUGAAGGCUGUUUUUCAUAUGCCACCCGACGCGACUUCACAGCUGCUUGAAGCCGGUGCCAAUAUCAACCACGCGGAUCAUCACGGAAACACUGCGCUUAUGCGUGCAGCUUAUAGGACGAACGCAGAAUACUUCAAAUUGCUCUGCGAUAAUGGCGCCAACAUCUUGCAAGAAAACGCCAGGCAUGAACUUGCCAUUGCAAUAGCCAUUAGAGAAGGAAACCCCGAGUAUGUGAAUCUGUUUGCGGAGAGACUGAUCCCACUUCUUCGAGGUCUGAACAGGGCCGUCACCAAAGGAAGCACGUUCGUCAAAGACUUGAUUGCUAGGCCAGAAGACGAUCACGAAAUUGUUGAUCAGCACGUCUUGGAUCUUUUGAACGAGCGUAAUUCGAUUCUCAGUCGGGAAGUUCAGGAGCUGGCUUACAUGCGGCAAAAUUGGAAAGAGAUGGAGAACAGAGUACUAGCAGCCGAAACAAAUGCUAGAUUAGCUGAGAAGGAGAUGACACGACUCCGAGAAGAGCGCGAAGAGGAGAGCCAAACAAUUCAGAGGGAGAGGGAUGAAUACAAGGCAGCCAGAUACGGAUUCAGCCGAGUCAAAGAAGAAAAGGAAAGUCUGGAGAGAAAAUUGGCCAACAUGCAGCACGCUGAAGAGAUUGCUCUCCAAGCCCAGAGAGAGUUACAUGCCGCACAACAGGCCCACAAAACUGCGCUCGAGGAUGCCCAAAAAAGAGCUACACAAUGCCAGCUCGAAGCCGAAGCUGCCCAGAAAGAGUUGACCGACGCACAAAAGUCUCAAGACACUGCGCUAAAGCAACACCAACGCAAAGCUGAGACUGCUCAGAAGCAACUCAAAAUCUUGCAAGAUGAGACCAAGAGAGAAAAGGAGCAACAUUUAGUGACAGUCGCGAGUCUUCCGGCAGAAUUGGCCGCCGUUUCUAGCAGACCUCCCAUCUUCCCAUCUCAACCCAGUAUUGGCCACAGGGAAAGUAUGGAUUGGGGAAGCGUCGACAUAAGCCAAAGCCAGAUAAGCGACGGUAGCAACUUGGAGAGUCCAGCUGCUGAUGAAGAGACGGGUCCCUCAAAAUCAAAAGUGCCGGGGCUCCAGAGGUUUCGUAGGAAGCCAGAGGAAGAGAAGGAAAAGUUUUCGUUUCCCAAAUUUGGUAGAAAGGGCGGUGACGAAUCUUGA